UUUUUCUGUUAUCUGGGUAGUUUGUGUUUUUACAAAUAUUCAUUCAUUCACUUAGAUCAUCAGUUUUACUGUCAUAUAGACAAAAUAACUCCUAAUAAUUGCUUUAAUUUCAUCUUUAUUAGUGGUGCAUUCAUCCUUUUCAUUUUUCAUUCUAGUAAUUUUUUUUUUCAUUUAUUAGCAAGUUCUGUAUUGUAGGUAAAUAUAUAGUUCUAGGGCAUUAUAGCAAAAAUGAACAGCAACAGUUGAUCCAAGCUUCAAUGUGGAUGACCUGCCUGCUAAGAGUUGUAUGUUACUUGAAGUAAACUGAUAAUUUUUUUUUGCCACGAACUGGAAAUUAGUUAUAGAGAUCUACAAAGGAACUUUUAAGGAAGUUUAGCUAUCCAUAGUAUAAGUCUGUUGCUAUGUAAUUCCUUCCCCCUCCCCCCAACGACAUAAAAAGAAAUUGAAGCAAUAAGAUUGGCAACAGGGAACAAAACUAUCACGUUUUUGCAGAUAUAAUGGUUUACUUAAGAGAACCCUAAAGAUACAACUAAAAGUUAAUUGAAACAAUAAACAACUUCAGCAAAGUUUCAGUUUACAAAAUUCAGUUACAAAAUUACAACAUCAUUACCAUUUCUUUAUUUCACCAACAAAACAUAGCAGCAAGAGAUCGAAAGAAAAAUUCCAUUUAAAGUAACUGCAGGAAGUAUGAAACACUUGGAAGUCUCCCUGCCACGACACACAGAAGAUCAUGGAAGGUAAAAGGGAUAAUAUUUAUUAAGUUAAAUUAAAAUAUUUUUGCAUAAUUUCAAUGUUGUGCAAUAUAGCCAAAAUGAGAAUAAGAAAACUGGGGAAAUAAUUUUUACAACACAUUUUUUCUGAUAAAGGCCUUUUUUCUCAAAUAUAUAGGAACUGGCACAAAUAUAUAAAUGUAAGAGUCGUUCCCCAAUUGAUAAAUUAAACUGACAUGUUAACACAAAAGGUUACAGAAUUGUGACGAAUUACUAGCAAGAAAAAAUGUUUUACAUGUUACCAGUUUUAUUUUGUGUACUGAAUUUUAUGGGUUAUAUUAUGGUUAUUGAGAUAAGAAAAGUAUAUUUUGUUAAAUUUUUUUGUUUUGUUAUUUUGUUAAAAAGAAUUGUAUGCCGAAAAAUAUAUUUUCAGUAAUCUCUAGUGAAAGAUCAUAGUUUUUGGUGGUUGCAGAAACUUAUUUUUCCUAAGUUCACUGUGGUGACAUUCAUGUUUUUUACUUUUAUUCUGUUUCUAGGAAUGUUACCUAUGUCAUACAGAUAUAUUUCUAAGAAUGUUAGCCUGUGAAAGUUGAGGAUUGAUCCUAACAGAUAUUCUGCUGCUGGAAGCCCUUUCCAUUUGGCCCAUACUACCCUUCUGAUCUCUUGGCCAGCCCCUCGCCCAGGCAGUGACGGGCAGACGUCUCCCCCUCUGGGAUCCUUCUCCUUCCCUUGUUCCACCUGAGGAGGGCAUGGCUCCUGGACCCCAAAGAUUCUCAUGGCAGGUGAGUGAAGUGGCUUGACUUGCAGUAUAGCAAAAGCACUUCAUUGGCCAGAUAGAGGAGGCAAUGGAGUAGGGGCCAUCCUCUUAGCAAACUAUUGUGAUACUCCAAGGAAUAGAUGGUGAGGGUCUGUGCCAGGGUUGGUGCAACAUCAGAGAAGAGAAGCUAGUUUAUUGGGGGAAUGUUAUAAAAGUGAAAUGAAUAGGUAUUAGCACUAGACUGGAUAAGGGACAAGGAAAGACAGGAGUCAAAUUUCACAUCUGAAUUAGGAACUCCAGCGAUUGGGUGGUUGCUGCUGCCCUUAACAGUAAUAGGGAUGGUAGGGGGGAGAGGGUGAAUCUUAACAGAACGGGGUAAUAAAUUACAUUUUGGAUAUGUUGAAUUUAAAAUAUCCACUGAUAUGUCUGAAAGGAAGUUGAGAUCAGAGAUGACUCACAUUAUUAAUUUUUUAAAAUCACAUCAACUUUUAAAUUAAAAUAAGAGGUAAGAUGUUCAGAUGAGACUGGGUGUCAGUAGUUAAUACAUAUUUAUUGUGUUUAUGAUACAUCAGGCAUAUCAUAAGGGCUAAUUCAGAUCCCCCAAAACAAAGACAGUCUCUAACCUCACAGAGCUUACACUCCCAUGGAGAGGGGAAGCCAACAUACAAAAAGAAGCCCAUGGAGGUCAGAGAUAACCCAGCAAACACUGAGGCACGGUGGGGAAGGCAGAAGCCCCAGAGUGGAGCAGCCAGAUGGGAGGUGAAGUAUCUGAGCUCAGCCCUGUCCUCCAGUGGAAGUCUGGAGUUUGUGGCCCCAUCCUCCACCAGAGAAGCUGCAGGUAGUGAUGAGGUGGAGUGCUAAAGCUGCCGGGAUGUCCCCACAGGGAGCCUCCUGGGGAAUGGUGGAGAUGGCCUACAGGCAAGUCCAGAGUUAGUAUGGUGAGAUCCUCAUCUGGUGAGAAUCGAGCUUUUUCCCGAAAGGAAAUUUGCAGCUUGUGACCUCACCCCAUGGUGGUGAAGGAUGCACAUGGAAGGUUUGAGAAGGAAGCUAGAGAGUCAAUUAGACAGGAAGCAUCUGUGCUCCAGUUUUCUCCUGUAAAUUGAUGAGAGUUGGACUAGAAGAGUUCUGAAUCUCAGCUCUAAGUCUUGUGAAUUUUGAUGGUUAGGAGUCCCUGACAUUCAAGGAUGUGGCUGUGGACUUCACCCAGGAGGAGUGGAGCCUCUUGGACCGUUCUCAGAAAGAGCUCUACAAGGAAGUCAUGCUGGAAAACUCCCAGAACCUGCUCUUCCUGGGUAAGCACACCUCCCCGAGGAACUCUGAAUUGGCUGUCACAGGAGUAGUGUGGGGGUUUGGAUAUUUGCCGUUUAUUAGCAAGUAAAAGGGGUGGGUUCUCCUGCUGCUUGGUUUUCUUGACAAAAAGUCUUUGUGUUUUGUGAUAGGAAGCUGGGAUUUUCUUUUCCUACUCCUGAAGUUGUCUCUUUCCUAUUUCAAGUAACUUCAGGUUACAAAACAAACGGGUUAUGGAGCCUGAGACUUGGAAAUAAUCUCAGAGAUUAUGCCACGUAGGCCCUGCCUGGAAAAUGGAUUUUGUCUGCAGGCUCUCGGCAAACGACUCGUGCACCUUUUCCUUGAAGAAGGGCAGUGAAGGGACCAACAAGGUCACUCCUCCCUUGGGAUGGGUCAAGUCUUAAAGUUGGCUGUUAUUAACAAACAUAAAUCCCUAGUCCUAGUUGGCUUUGUAUAUCUUGGUUUUUCCUUCAUUCUUCUCCAAAUUCUAGCACAGAUAGCACAAAAGGAAGGAACAAGCAUUUACAUAGUCCUAUCAUAUGCCUGGUGCUGCUCUAGGUGCUGAUCCUUACAAUGCUGUCAUUUGGCUGAUGAACCUAAAGAAACAAAUUCAGUGACUUGUUCAGGGAUAUGCGGCUCCUACGUGUCUAAGGCUCAGUUGGAGCUGAGUCUUCCUGAUCUCCUGCCUGGCUCUCCCACUACUGAGCUUGUAAUGGGCUCCUGGUUCUAGAUCAUGGAAGCCAUAGGAUGUGAUUAUGUUUCUGUGAAGGAGGCAAAGACAGAAUUUUCUUAUUCCCAUUUAGCUCUAUGAUUGCACCCAUCCCUUCCUCCCUGCCUCCAGCCCCAAGACCCCAACAAUAAACUUCCUGGAGUCCUGGAACCCUCCUGAGGUCCUUGCUUGCAUUUCCCCUUUCCCUAAAGAGAGCUGAAGUGUACAUUUCUCUCCAUCAUCACUCCUUAUUCCCCGUGCCAAGGAAUUCCAGUUCUCAGAGAAGAGUUGGUCUCCCACUUUGAGGAAAGGGAAGCAUCGUGGAUCCUGGAUCAAAUAGACCUGAGGAACCUCUGUCCAGAUGUUGAGACAAGAUCUGAAGUGAAUGAGACUCCUGCAGAGUUAAGCAUUUCUGUGGGAAAAUUUCAUCAGCAAAGGUUGAUGACUGAUGGGCCCUGUGACUUUAAUUUGAGAGAAAUCUGUGAUUUGGAUAUCAAGAUAGAGAAAGACCUAAAUAAUCACUAUGAAUUUGGUAAAGAUAGAAAAGGUUUCAGACAAUAUUCAGCCUUAAUUCAGUGUAAAAAAAUGACUUCAGGAAAUGAAUGUUUUCAAUUCAGUGAAGAAAGGGAAUGCUUUCCUGAAAAGGUUAGUCUUAUGCAAGCUUCUGAGAAGCUUUCUGAAAUGCAAAUGUAUCAAGGGAACCAAAGGGAAAUGGCCUUCAGUUUGACUAAAGACCUCAUUAGACCUCAGAAAAAUUAUACUGGGAAAAUGGUUUAUAUAUUUAAUGAAGAUAGGAAGACCUUUAGCCAGAACUCAAAGCUCAUUGGCCAACAUAAGAUUCACAUUCCAGGGAAACCUUAUGAAUGUAAUCAUUGUGGAAAGGCUUUCACAAAUAGGUCCAGUCUUGCUAUACAUGAGAGAAUCCACACUGGAGAAAAACCUUAUGAUUGUACUCAAUGUGGAAAGACUUUCAGAACGAGAUCCAGUCUUAAUGAACAUCAGAGAAUCCACACUGGAGAAAAACCUUAUAACUGUAAUCAAUGUGGAAAGUCUUUCAGACAGAGCUCCAGUCUUUAUCUUCAUCAAAGAAUUCACACUGGAGAAAAAACUUAUGAAUGUAUGCAAUGUGGAAAAACUUUCACAAAAAGAUCCACUCUUGCUAACCAUCUGAGAAUCCACACUGGAGAGAAACCUUAUGACUGUACUCAAUGUGGAAAGACUUUCAGAACGAGAUCCAGUCUUAGUGAACAUCAGAGAAUCCACACUGGAGAAAAACCUUAUAAAUGUAAUCAGUGUGGAAAGACUUUCAGACAGAGCUCCAGUCUUUACCUCCAUCAAAGAAUCCAUACUGGAGAGAAAACUUAUGAAUGUAAUCAGUGUGGAAAGACUUUCACAAAAAGAUCCACUCUUCACAUACAUCAGAGAAUCCAUUCUGGGGAGAAAAUUUAUGAUUGUGAUCAGUGUGGAAAGGCUUUCCCAGAUAGGGCCAAUCUGACUAACCAUGUAAGAAUCCACACCGGAGAGAGACCUUAUCAAUGUAAUUAUUGUGGAAAGGCUUUUACACAGAACUCCAAUCUUGCUAACCAUCUGAGAAUUCACACUGGAGAGAAACCCUACGAGUGUAAUCAAUGUGGAAAAGCUUUUACACAGAACUCUAGUCUUGCUGUGCAUCAGAGAAUCCACACUGGAGAGAAACCCUACGAAUGUAAUCAGUGUGGCAAGACUUUCAGACAGAACUCCAGUCUUGUUGUACAUCAGAGAAGCCACACUGGAGAGAAACCUUUUGAAUGUAAUCAUUGUGGAAAGACUUUCAGACAGAGGGCUUCACUUACUCAACAUCAGAGAAUUCACACUGGAGAGAAAUAAUAGGAAUAUAAUCACUGUAGGAAGGCUUUCAAACAUCUCUAGUUUUCCUCUUCAUUGGGGAAUCCAAACUGGAAAGAAACCUUAUGAAUGUAAUUAGUGUGACAAAGCUUUUAAGUAACAGUCAUCCCUAAUUUUCAUUAGAAAAUUCCUAUAAGAUAGAAAUUUUAUCACCAUAAUUAAUGAGGAAAGAUAUUCAAAUGGAGUAUAGAGCUUGUUCAACAUCAGAAAAUUAAUUCUGAAAGGAUGCUCUAUAUGGACUAAAUGGAGAUAGGCUUUCAUUCAGAGAGCAUCUCUUAAUUUAUAUCAGAAGAUUCAUUUUUGGAGAGAAAUUGUACACAUUUCUUCAAUGGGAACAUGAUUUUGUUUGAUAGAAAGAUCACUAGAUAUUAGAAUAUUCAUGCUGGAAGGAAGAUUUAUAAAAGCAAUACCUUUUGUCAUUGUCAAGGCCUAUACAUAAGAAUUCAUGUUUCAUUACAAAUUGGAGAAAUCAUUCUGGAAAUAAAACUUACAGAUCUGAGUAGUGAGA